AUGUCUAACCAUAACGACGAAAUAUCCAACCAUGACGACGAAAUGUCUAACCAUGACGAUGACAUGUCUAACCAUGACGACGACAUGUCUAACCAUGACGACGAAAUGUCUAACCAUGACGACGAAACAACAGAUCUAAAACAAUUAACUUAUGAGAAAAUAAUUUUAAAGGAUUUGUUUAUCUGCGGGAAUUGUGAAUGCACGAACAAAAGCAAAGUUUCUUUAGCCAAAUGUACAGGAAAAAUUGUUCAAAUUCCUGUAGAUCUACCAAAUUACAUCCAGCAUUUGACCAUCGUAAAGUCUGACUUUGCCGUCUUCCGCCCGACGGAAGUUUUACGGUAUGGGAAUCUUUCUUAUCUGCAUAUACAAAACAACCAAAAACUCGUGGCAAUAAGGUUAUAUCCUGUGUCUGAUAAGACAUCCGUUUUAGAAGAGCUAGACUUGAGCACGAACAAAAUUUCAAUAAUAUAUGACAACAGUUUUCACAUUUUUCCCAAUUUAACUUCUCUAUCCCUUAGCGUGAACAAUAUCUCCGCCAUUACUAGGAACACGUUUACUGGACUUGGUCUACUACAAGCCCUGAACCUUUCCUUCAACCUGCUAGAAACUCUGGAGAACACAACCUUUGAUGAACUGAAGUGUCUGACUCUGUUGGACUUACGGCACAAUACAAACUUAGGAUACUCCCCAAAACAUUUCCCAGAAUCCUUGCUGUCCAAACUUUUAUUUCUGACUGACCUUAACCUUGAAGAUAUUGAUAACACUUACUCGUAUAAGACAUCCAAAAAUAUUGACAGUCAUGAAGCGAGUGAAGUAUCGGAAUUGAGCUCAGUAUAUUGCCCUAUUGGAGAGGAGACGUUCUAUAAACAACAGAACCACUCACAUAAUUUUCACAUCGAGAAAAAUAUACUCCCAAGACAUCUUAAAUCAAUUCGUGCCGUACGCUACAUUCGAUUCGGGUUGUAUAUAUUAUAUUGCAAGAUCAAAGAACGAUACGCUCUCCAAACAUUAGAUUUUUCUGGAAGCUACAUGACGCGCUGGGGUAGUGGGAAACUACCCCCGGGUAUAUUGAGCGCGAACUUUGCCAGGAACUAUUGUUCAAAUUUGACGCAGAGUUUUUUCGAAAACAAUAAAUCACUAAAAAUAUUACUCCUUGGCGACAACUAUCUGGCUGACGUUUUCGCAGCUGAUUCUUCUGGUGCUAUAUUCUCUACCCUAAACAAACUAGAAUACCUGGAACUGCCGAAAAAUGUUAUUUAUAAACUUCCCUUCAAAUUCCUUAAUGGCUUGUCAAGUCUGAAUAUUAUUGAUGUCUCACAAAACAAGUUGCAGGUUAUAAAUAUCAGUUUAGCGAGCUCGCCAAAACUCAGGAUAGUUGACCUGAGCAGAAACUCCAUUUCCUGGAUCACGAGAAGUACACGUGAUGACCUUGACACCAUUGCAGCUAACCACACACUGUACCUGGACCUAACCUCCAACCCACUGCCCUGUACGUGUAAAGGUUUGCCCAUCAUAUUUUGGCUGGCACACACGAAUGUUUAUUUGUUAAGUAAAGAUUUCCUUAUGUGCAGUGAUGAGGACAAUAAUUAUGUUAGCAUGGGAGACGUCAGAAAAAAAUUAGAGACCUUACAGAGAUAUUGCGCGUCUAAGGAGCUGAUGUUCAUCAUUUGUUUGUUCAGUGCUGUGUGUAUAGCACUUGUUGUAUUGUUGCUUACCAUGUACAGGUUCAGAUGGAGGCUGAGAUAUCUAAGGACCGUAGCGAUAGGAAAACUGUUGGGGUUUGAGUCGACGCUACCCAACAACCUGCGCUACAAGUACGACGCCUACAUACUGUACACAGACGAGACGCGGAGCUUUGUGCUGCAGGACUGUGUCCAGGAGCUGGAGGUCAACAGGGGUCACAGGCUGUGUAUCGAAGAGCGGGACUUCAUGCCGGGUACCUACACCGUGUCGGCCAUUGUCAGUGCCGUCCAGAACAGCGCCAAGACCGUGCCGGUGGUCACGCCCGAGUUCUACGACGGUGAGUACACGGAAUACGGCUUAAAAAUGGCGGUCAUGGAGGAGAUCUUCAGCAGACGAUCCGUCCUUCACCUCUGUAUUUACAAGCCAGUGUCUGCAGACGACAUGUCACGUGAUCUGCUGUCUGUGUUGAGGAAAAACCGUUUCACGGAGUUCCCGGCAGACGAUGAGAUGACCCCUGAGGCACGGCUAACUUUCUGGAACGAAAUGUCAAGGUCCAUCUCACAUAAUCCAGCAGAAGUCGACUAA